AUGAUUGGCAAACUCCUGUACCUAACAAACACAAGGCCAGAGAUCUCUCAUGCUGUUCAACAAUUGAGCCAAUUUGUUGACAAGCCUACAAACAUUCAUCUCACAGCUGCACACAGGGUCCUUAGGUACCUCAAAGGAUCUCCAGGAAAAGGUCUAUUCUAUCCCACAAACACUCAGAUCAGAUUACAAGGGUUCUCAGACUCUGACUGGGCAAAUUGCACAGAAACAAGGAAAUCUGUAACUAGUUACUGCAUCUACUUUGGAGAUGCUUUGAUCUCAUGGAGGACCAAGAAGCAACCCACAGUGUCAAGGUCCUCCUCUGAGGCAGAAUACAGGGCCCUAGCCUCCACUGUUUGCGAAAUUCAAUGGUUGCACUACUUACUAACAGAUCUGAAUGUGAUCUUUGAUAGGCCAACAAGUCUAUUCUGUGACAAUCAAUAUGCAAUUGCCAUUGGAGAGAACCAUUUCUUCCACGAGCGUACCAAACACAUUGAGAUAGAUUGUCACGUUGUCAAGCAAGAGGUGCAGGAAGGGCUGAUCAGACUGCUACCAAUCCCUUCAUCACAACAAAUUGCAGAUGGCUUCACAAAAGCUUUGCCAAAGCCAGCUUUUGACACUUUCCACUCUAAGCUGGGCGUUCAAGAUGUUCAUACUCCAGCUUAA